GCAACUAUUUAACUUAAUGAUCCUGAAGUAAAUAUUCAAGACUCGUCUAGUAUAAAAACAAACCUGGGCUUUUAUGUCGUUUCAGAAUGUAACUCUGUUACUGCAGACACUGCAGACCAUUGCUAUGAAGUAAAAUACCGAAUGGCAAAAGGUGGCAGUUUAGCAGCAACAUGACGAAAGGCACCAUGAAGACUUGUGAAAAACCAAAGAACAAUGAGACUGAGUCCGAAGUGGGAUGUGUUUGGCCGCAGAUUGUAGCAAUUUUGGCAGGUUAACCUAUGAUCUAGUUUUAUUCCUAAGAAGGUAGUUGAUUCAACAUAAGCAAUAGGUAACGAGUUUAAGGUGAGAUUAGGUGGUAAUAUGAUGUUUUUGGGUUCUUGCUAAAGAAAAUUGCUUUUGUUUUGUUUGGACAAAACUGUAGACCACAUCUCUCUGACCAAUUUUCUAGUUGAUUAAUAGAGGCUUGUAUAUAUCUGCCUGCUUGGGUGCCUUCAACGACGGAGUACUGUAUGCCUGGACAUCACCUUUCCUAGUAAAAUUAGUUAACGACAAAGAACACUACGACAUUUCUGAAAGUGAGGCAAACAAUAUGACAAUUGUACAGCCCUUGGCCAUGGUACUUACUGGUUACUUCUUUUCCAAAUUGACUAAUCUAAUAGGAAGAAAAAAGACUAUGCUGCUGGUAGGCGUACCUCAAGUAUUAUCGUUGUUAAUUUGCGCAUUCGCCAGAAGUGUAUAUGUGUUCUAUGUCGGAAGGGUCUUUGCUGGUAUAGGGAGUGCGAUAAUUUGGUCAGCCCUGCCGGCUUAUGUUGGAGAAGUGGCUUCACCAGAUGUUAGAGGAGUAUGGGGCAAUUCCCUCACUUCCGUAAUUUAUGCUGGACAGUUCUUUAUCAACGUUGCUGGAAGUUACUGUGAUAUAUUAACAGCUUCUUGUAUAUUUAGUUCUGUUUCAGUUUUAUUUUCUGUAGUUUUUUACUUUAUGCCAGAGUCACCUUUCUUUUUCAUUAUGAAAGGAGAUGAUGAGUCUGCUAAGAAGUCUUUGAGGUUUUUGACCAGGAAAACCAACGUUGAUAAGGAUUUUUCGAUGCUUAAAAAUGAUGUUGAUAGACAGAUGUCAGAGACUGGUAAUUGGAAAGAUCUGAUUUGUAUUAAAAGCAACAGAAAGGCUCUAACAAUUGCUCUAUUUUUAAGAAUAACCCAGACAUUUAGUGGAAAUGCAAUACUGACUCAAUACAAUCAAUACAUUAUACAAAAAGCUGGAGGAAAUGUAAGCCCGGAAACUGCAUCCAUUAUUUUUAGUGGUCUUUGUAUAGUUUUUAACAUUUUCGUAAUCAGUUUCAUAGUUGACAGGUUUAGUAGGAAAGUCUUGUAUUCAUCCUCAUUAGUCCUUUGCAGCAUGGCCAUAUUGGCAUUGGCUGCUUAUCUAUACUUCGAUGAAUUUGUCCCUAACACGGAUCUGGACUCUGUGGCUUGGUUGCCAUUAACUUGUCUCAUUACAUUCCAGAUAGGAUGGUCCUAUGGCUUGGCAGUCAUUCCAACUCUAAUGAUGGGAGAACUGUUCUCAGUUAGUAUAAAGUCAAAGGCUAUGCUUAUUAUGAUGGUUGCCUUGGGAGGAGGAAUAUCUUUUGUAAAUGUAUUGUUCAAUAUUUUGAAUAGUGUUUUGGGAACUUUUGCUCCAUUUGUCUUCUUUGCGUUAUGUAGCAUUGGAGCAGCCAUCGUGUCCUUGUAUAUUAUUCCUGAGACUAAAGGCAAGACUUUGGAGGAAAUACAAAUGGAUUUAAAAGCAUCUUCUAAAGAUAAAAAGAAAAACAAUAUAAUACCUGCUAUUGAAGCUUAGUACAGUGAAAUAAAUAAAUACAUAUAAAACAUUA